GGGGGAUUAAGUAAUGCUCCUCCGCCUUUAUGCCAUGAUGAUCUCAUACCUUUGUGCCAUUAGUGCUGCCCCCUACCACAGCCAGAAUACCGACCGGGAUUAUGGCCCUGACACCACUACCUACACCUCGGAUUUACCGCAAGGACAUUAUAACUCCAGUGGACUGCAGGAUGGGGUCUUCCCGGACCUGACUACUACGCAUCCCGACAUGGCCGGUAAAGAGUGGAGCCUGUACUCUCCGAGGGUCGCUCUGUCCAGUCAGGAGCCUUCCGACCCCCCUCUUCUUUUUUUAGCGGACGAGAUGGUUUCCCUUUCGGAACCAGCAAACAGGACUUCUCGGGUCAAACGGUCCCAGGGAUCUGAAUCCAUCAGCCCGUCCAGACGGGGGGAGCUUUCCGUUUGCGACAGCGUGAACGUCUGGGUCACGGACAAACGCUCGGCGGUGGAUAUCCGGGGUAAGACGGUGACCGUGCUGUCUGAAAUCCAGACCCUUACAGGACCCUUGAAGCAGUACUUUUUUGAGACCAAGUGCAACCCUGCUGGUGGAACCACCAACGGUUGCCGAGGUGUGGACAAAAGGCACUGGUCGUCGGAAUGCAAACCAAAGCAGUCGUACGUGCGGGCGCUGACCAUGGACGGCGACAAGCUCGUGGGCUGGCGCUGGAUCAGGAUUGAUACAGCGUGCGUCUGCACGCUACUGAGCCGCACUGGAAGGACGUAAAAUUGAUUGGGGGCUAAUCCUCUUCGAAUUGCUGUGGUUAGGGAUAGCGGAAGGAGACCCCUUGUCGUUUGCCUUAAGCUGUUUACAAUGUGACGGAAAGGACCGGAUCACACAUUCCUACGGUCACCCCACAGGCAUCCGUUUGUCCCGGUGGGAGAGUCGGCGUCCAACAGCUGCCCGCCGGAAUGAUUUAACUCGACCAAGAAGACUUUGAAUGCAAAUCCAAAACCGUCCUCACCCAGAGGGGGGUCUCGGCUACCAGCGCUCAGUAUCUUAUUUGCACGCUCACACCGACUAAACAAGGGGAUUCUGUUACAUGUC